AUGACUUAUAGGUUUUGCCAUCAAAAGGGGCAUAAUCAAAGAACCUGUGGGUGGAAGAAGCUGGCUGAAAGUGGACUUCAAGAUGGUGCCUUUGACAUGGAAGCUGAAGCUGAAGCUGAGGAGUUGACUCAAGGAGAUGAGUUCCCACAUGCAUCCCUCUUUUCUGCAAGUCAGCCUCAAUCCCAGCCUCAAUCCCAAAUGAGUGCAACAACAUCAAAGGGAGCAAGGAAAGGCACUAAAGAGGCUGCUUCUUCAAAUUACGAGGCUAGAAUGAGCUACAAACGAGAUCGACAACCGGUGGAGGGCUGA